AGUCGAUUCACAACACCCAAAGUAGAAAGACGGUCUUGAUAAUAGUCAACAACAUUCCCGUAUAGUAGCACAAUAUUCUGUGGUCGUCGUGGACAAUAUUGACUAGUCACUUAUAUUUUUUUUCUUAUUCUUCUUAUUUAUAUAAAGUGAAAAGAAAAAGAAACACAAUGGACUAUUGAAUUAAAUCAGCAAAGAAAAGCAUAAUAUUGAGAGACAUUUUAAAUAGCUAAAUGACAUUACAAAUUGAGGUUUAUUUUAGUUCUUGUGAUUGUUUAAAAGUUUUGUGAUAAUCUUCCUUAGAGAGAAAAAAAAACAACAAUUCACCUUGGAAUGAAGAAAUUCAUCUAAUAUCUUUUAAUCCAGGUGAAAUAAAAGCAAGUGGGUGUUGUAGCAAUUAGAGAACACAAACUCCAACUGAACAUCUUCCCAAUAAAAUUCAGUGUGUCUCAAAUAAAAGUGAAACAGUAGAGAGAAAAUGUCAGAUAAGCAAAAGUAUCUCUAAAUCAAUUGUGGGGAUUCUCUAACACGGUGUGUGUGCUAUUCAUUGCUAAUUGAAAGUGAUUCAAGAAAAAGGCCAAAGAUGCAAUCAGUAAAAGUGAUUUUGUGUCUUGUCAUCUUCAUUCACAUCACCCUGGGAGAUUCACCAUGCUGUCCAGGAGACAACAUCUUUCCCGAAUCCUGUCCAAAUCGCACAGACACCCUAUUAACAUGUCCACAUGGAAAAUUUUUAGUGGACCCCUUCGUAACUCCCGAUGAUGAAUUUGAAAUCAAUGAAGAUGGUGAUUUGAGUCUACAAGAGGGUGAUCAUAUCAUCGAACAAGGAGAAUUUUGCGUGACAACAUAUCGAGCAUCCAGCAAUGAUUCUCGUCUUGUGGCCUUUGUGUGUUUCACCUAUAACGACUCUUCUGUAUCGCUCUACCUUAUCAAAGGCAUCCUCACCCUAAUCUCCGUCUUUUUCAUCCUAAUCACUCUCUACGUAUAUUGGAUUGUUCCGGGAUUACGAGACACACAGGAUAAAGUUACUUGUUUCUGUCUCAUCUGCCUUGCAUCAUUCUUCUUCCUUCUGGGACUCAUCCAGAUUUUUGCACCGGAAAAUCUUAUUGACAACAGUGUUUGCGUACCUCUAGCAUUCACCCUCUAUUUCUGCAUCAUUGCCUACUUCUCCUGGCUCAACAUGGUCAUGUUGAAUGUAUGGAAGACAACAGUUCUACCACGGUGGCGAAUUCAUGAGAAAACAUGGUAUACUCUGUGUCACAUCUACGCCUGGACCAUUCCCAUAAUCCUGGAAACGUUCAUGAUUGUGGCUCAUGUGACAGGAAGUUCGUGGAAUCCACGAAUAGGUCAAGCAUCAUGUUGGUUUGCUGGAUCACGCGAAAUGUGGAUCUAUGUCUACAUUCCCAUCUCUAUCAUGCUCACCAUCAACAUUAUCCUCUUUGUCUGGACAUGCUGGAUCCUUCAAGUUAGCAAUGUCCACAUAAGUCCAGACCGUCGACGAGCUCUGCAGUACAAAUGCAUGCUCUAUCUCAAACUCUUCCUCUUGGUGGGUCUCACAUGGAUCUUCGAAGUCUUUUCCUACUCCUAUGGCGACAAUUCAUGGUUCUGGAUUGUCGUUGACAUCGUCAAUAGUCUCCAUGGCCUACUAAUCUUUCUCAUUCUUGUCGUAUGGCGUCAGCGAGUUCGAAAGGAACUUGCUGGACGAAAAAUCUGCUGCAUGAGAGCACCUGAUUCAUGGCAGUACGGCGAAGAUGCCGAACAUGAGAGACUCAAUGAGGAAGAAGGCAGUGAUUGCAAGUAUGAAAUUUAAGCAUGACGACUCUUCUUAACUAAUUUCUUAAACUAAAGUAGUUUAACUAAUUUUAUUUCAUUACUAAUAAAAAAGAAGUAAAAAGUUAACUUAAGAUCUUACAGUGUCACGUACAAGUUCAAUAGUAGAAGAUUAAAAAAAAAGACUUUAACAUAAUUACUUAAUUUUUAAAGAAAACAAUAAAAUUAAAAAAAAUUAAGUUAGUCAUAUUUUUUUUUAAAUAAAAAUAAAAAUGGAAUUAAAAUAGCUUCUUUUUCAAAUUUUAUGAAAGUUGUUGAACUUGUAUGUGACAUCCCCCUUUUGCAAGAUUCAUCAAUUACCUUGAAUUUCUUUUUAUGAAAUUUUCUAACGCAAUAUUUACGCACGAAAUUCAAAAAUGAAUCAACAGAGAAAACUAAAAUGUAUCGCACUUGUUAAAAUAUAAUGGCAAACACAUUUUGUGCAACUCUUUUUAUAGGACGCUAUUCGUCUCUUCAUAAAAGUAUUCUAAGUCACCCUAUACUAUCGAAAAACUCACUAAAUUUUCCCAAAAUCUAUUUAUUUUUCCACUAUUAAUAAAUAUUUUUAAAAUAAAAAAAAAAGAAAUCUUUAACUUUCACAUUUUCUUAUAAAAAAUGCUACACUCAACUCUUCGUUAUCCAGCACUUCGAUAUCCGGGUGACAGCUGCCAAACACUGGCGGUUGAUAUAUUCAAAAUUAUUUUUACUAAACAUGAAGUUUGUCCAGAGUGAAUUAAAGUAUUAUUAACAUUGUAUCGAAGUUUUUAAUACAUAAUUGUGAUAAAAAAUGAAACAUAAGCACACCAUGAAGAAAAUUCUCUUUUUCUUUGUCAGACAGAAAAUAAAUUCACACUGCACAAAAUAGAAAAUCCGUUGAUCAUUCAAAAAACCUAAAUGUCAUUUUGUCCCCCAGUCAGCCGGAUAUCGAAGAGUCUACUGUACAUUCGUUUUCAAUUUAAAAAUAGGACGAAUCUUGUUCGAUUUUCUCAUUUCGAAUUUCGAAGUGUCAAAAUGCCCUGAACUUUUGUUGUAAAGACAAUCAAAGAAAUGAGAUGUAUAAUAUAGGGUGUCCCAAAAAUCAUGCAAGAUUUAAAUUGAGCUGCAUUCCUGAAAUAAAGGUCCGCAACGAAUAAUAAAAAUACUACGUGACAGUUUAUAGAUUACGGUUUUUAGAAAAUCCAUCACUAAAUGACAGACCAACGCUUUUUUGUUCUUAAAAAAAAUUAAAAAAUAAUUAAAUAAUUUGGUUCGAGAAUUGGUCAGAAAAUUGAUUUAGAUUCGUCAACUAUGAACAGUCUAAUUGAAAAAUUCACAGAACUGAAUCAAUUGGGGAGGUUAAAUACACUUGCCAUCCAAGAACAAGCCCUUCAAAUGAUUAAUAAUAAAUGUUUUUAAUUAAUUAAUAAAAAUAUUGAACCAGUGUAUUAUCUGAAAAUAAAGCUGAUCAAGCGUUAUGACCGAGUUUAUGAAGUCUAAAUUGGAGGAUUUGUUCAUUAAUAAAUUAAUUAAUUAUGAAUUCAUUAAUCUUGAGGACAUGUGGCUUUAGUAUGAUAGUGUAACAUGUCAUAUAGCCUAUGAAAUAACGCAAUUCCUGCAUAAGACUUUUUCUGAUUGUAAUUUUCUCUAUUGGUGAUUAGAAUUGGUUCCUUAGAUCAUGUAAUUUUAGACCAUUACAUUUUUUUUAUUCGGUUAUUCGAAGUCACAAGCCUAAGUCAACAGGCCUACAUCCACCUCUGUGCAUUAAAAAAGAAGUUUUAAGACUGCAUCAUCGAAAUUUAGGCACAUUUGUUCAAAAAUAUCAGGGAAACCUUCGACGAAAGGAUUCAUAUGCCAGCAGAGCUAUGAAGGUUAAUUACUGGAUGCGAUAUUUAAUACAUAAACCCUAUCUUAUGUACUUUAUUUUUCAAUUUAUAAAAAAAUUUAAUUGAAAAAAAAACUGUGUUUUUUAUUUAAUUUAAAUCUUGCGUAAUUUAUGGGACACCCUAUAUUUCUUCUCCAAUAUUCAUUACCUUCAAAAUCACUAGGUAAUUCUAUUAACAGAUUAUUAGUGUGAUAUUAAGAAAAAAUACAAAUCCGAUUCGAAAAUUAAGUUUGGAAAUUCGAAAUUAAUGACUCCGGCACACUUUUUAGAUCAGAAAAAUUUCAUGAAAUCAAAAUUCAUAUCUCUUUCUGUUGCACACUUUUUUCAUAUGUUUAUCUCAUUCUUUCACACUAUAAAUUCGAUUGAGCUAAAUUGAAUUUGUGGUGAAGAGUGUGAAAGAUUAGGACAGACAUAUGCAAGACGUUUGACAAAAAAGAGGGUGCGAAUUUCAACUUUAUGAAAUUUUCCUAAUGUAAAAGGCAAGCCGGAGCUGUAAGUUUAAAUUUUUUGAACAUCAACAACAUUCUACCCGAUAAAUUCUGCAGAAAAUCGUUAGGCUUGAAAGUGUAAAUGUCAAAAAUUCUGCAGAAUUUUUGAAAAAUUUUCUUUUAAGGUGAAUCUUAUCGAUGAGUAUUCUAUGAAAAUUCUGCAGAAUUUCUUCAGACAAUUUUAUGAAUUUUCGACAGUUUAAAUGUCAUUUUGUCCAAAAUAGAUUUGGAAUAUUAUCUCUAGAAUUUAUUAAUCAACAGUGGAAUUUUUUAUCACUAUUUUCAUGAUAUUUUAUAAGAUAUAUAGAAAUAUUGUGAGGGUAAGCUGUCUAUUGAGAAUAGUCGAAAAUUCAGCGAUCUUUGAUAUAUUGUACCAGAAAUUUCUUGAGAAUAAAUUUUCUUCACUCUGUUAUUUAAAUAAUGACUAUAAAAUUAUUAUUUAUGACAAAUGUGCCUUUUUCUUUUCAAGAAGCAUAUUUCCCUCAAUUAAAUAUAUUCAAUAAAAUAUGUGAAUAAAUAUUCAAUAAAAUAUGUGAAUUAAAAAAAAAACCGUCCCAAAAGCUGCCAUUGAAUAAAGGGUGUGAGACUUCUCUUGUACGAGACAAAUUUGGAUAACUUUUGCGUAUUGCCGUUACUAUCGCUAGUGCGGUUGUAUUUGAUGAUCGCUGGGAAAGCGAAAAAAAAGAAAAAUAAUGUAGAAUUGCACAACAAAGUUUUACUGGGAUUCUGCUUCAGGGGGAAGACAUUCAAAGAUCGCUUUCGAAAGCUUAAGAAAAAACUUGUUUUGUCUACGUUGUUGCUGAAGUACUUCCCGUUAGAACUUUAAAGUGUCUCAAUAAUCAAUAUGGAUCAGUUUUGCACUUUUUUGUAAUGAUAAACAAAGCAGCGGUUCCUAUUGCAAAUUACAUAUAUUCCUGUUCCACUAUAAUUUCUUUUAGAAUCAUUGAAUAACAUUUUUUUAGCAGCUUCUUAACGCGAAAUUUAAUAAAUUUGCCCAAUCUUGCUACCCAAUCUUUGAGCAUCAGCGACAUUUUGUGCAAAUAGUUCCUUUUACCAUUUAUCCAACACCCUAUUGGAGACUCCACCUCUAAAUGAAGAGUGUAAAAAUUUGCUUUAGUUCUGCAGAUAAUUCGUAUAACGCAGCUAGUACAGUUACAGUAGGUUCUCUCAAAUCUGAAUCUCUCAUAUUCGAACGAUGUUUGGAUUUAAAAUGUCAAUCGUGGGGUUCCCAGCGAGCACAGUUAGCUAAAAAAGGCAGCGUUUUCAGCGAAAAUAUACUAAAAACUGCCCGUUCUAGCUAACUGUGCUCUCUAGGUUAUGUUAAAAAAAUCGUAUUCUAGAUGAAUGAAAAUCAUAUUUAUCUGCUUCUUCCUGCAUUUUUACAUACAUUAUAAUUGUAUAAAAUGAAAAGGAAGUAUGUUACCACUAAGACUUGUGAGAAAGUAUUGGAAUUUGAUUCAAAGUACAACUUAAUCUCACAUAAAUUUCGCUAGUUUUGAAAAAAAUCGUUCGAUUUUGGGAGGUGCAAAAUGUCAAAAAUACCCCCCAAACGUUAGAAUUUAGAAAACUCUACUGUAUAGGGUUUUAGGUUUAAGAAAAUUCACAAAUUCUAGAGAAUUGUCGGUUAAUAUUAUUAUUAUUAUAUUAAUCGUGGGAGGGAUUUAUUCGGCUAUACUCUUUGAAUUAUUAUCGCAUGGAAGUAUAAGUCAGUCCAUGUCGCAGGUUCAGAAACUCUACUUUUUAAUGAGAAUACUUCUUCUGUACUCCUUUUAGUAGGUUUCCUUGAACGUCAUUGAAUUCUAUCCAAUGUCAUCUAAACAUCAAAAAAUGGACAAAAUAGUUUUGCCUAAAAUGCAGACGUAAAAAUGAAAUUGAUUGUAAAAGAGUAAAAAAAUGAAUUGGUCACUACGUUUUCACAAGUGCGAUACGUGCAUUUCACGGAAAUGGCAACGUUUCUUAAUCCAUUCAUAUUUUAACAAUUAAGAUGAGUUCAGGAAAUCCAUUUUUUUUUUGUUUUCUCACUAAGAACAAACAAUAAAUUACUUUAAUCUUAUCCAAUGUUAUUAUAUAAGUCCCAAAACAACGAUAAUUUUUUUUUAAACUUGAAAAAGCCCAACUAAUAAACAUUUCUAAGAAUUCCAUCUGCGUGUUUUGUAAUUACCAUGAGACACCGCAAAUAAUAGCUCUCAAAAUAAAGUUAAUUUAUAAUUGAAUGUGACAAUACCAUGAUGAUAGAAGAAAUUGCAAUUCUGUUGUAGAGUUUCUCAGAAAUACAAAUUUUCUUGCACAUUUUGCACUGUAAAUUAACUGUAAAUCAAAAAGACUAAUAUUGUAAACAAAUUACAACAUAAAAUUAUUUUAAGUAAAUUAUGCGGGAUUGAAUAUUGCAAGAAUAUCAUUUCUAAAGUUGUAUAAGACUUAAAUGUAGAAAACCUUCCUGUAUAAAUACAAACGAGAAUUCUAUCCGGGGAAGUGAGAUACCUUUGAAAUGGAACACCAUUGAAAUAGGGUUUUUAUUUCGUCAGUUGCAUCAGCAUUUGUCGUAACUUCCUCAUCGCCUCAUUAGCACUUCUUCUAACGACAUGGAAAUACACACAAUAUACAAGAACUGCUGAUGAGGUGAUGAGGAAGUUACGACAGUUGCUGAUCCAACUGACGAUUUAUUUUUCGAUGGAAGUGGACUUUACCAUGACAUUAUUUAGCUCAACAAACCAAUUGUGAAGCUAAAUUACAUUGCGAUAAGCCUCAAUUCCAUUUAAAAAUAGGAGAAAAACUUAAUUUCAAAGUCAAUCUAAAGGUGCCCUACUUCCCCCUAAUGAAGUUCUUAACAUGAACAAUAUUUUUGUUGUGUAAAUAUCAGUUGUUAUCUAUUGAAAAGCAUACUUCAGACUUAGUUAUAAGCACUUUGCAGUCACAAACGUAAUAGUAAAAUCACAAUUGAAGUAAAUAUUUGAUUAAUUCUUAACAAUUUAACUUGGUAAAUUGAUGAAUCUUGAUAAUUUUUUAAAAAUAAGUAAAGUAAUAUGUAAAUAGAAGACGUAUUUUAAUUGGAAUUACAUGAAAACAGUGAGCAAAAUAUUAUCAACUGAGCAUAAAUGCAACAAAAUAAUCAAGUUGAAUGUUUCAACAAUUUCUAUUUAGUUUCAGUUAGAAUUUUCAAAUACAAAGUAAUACUUUUCGAUUUUGAGAUAAUAUUAACAUAACUAUAUAACCCCAUUUUUGUAAAGUACCAAAUUUUAUUAACAUAUUUUUUACGGAUCACAACUUAAUGAAAAAUAUGAAGUUAAUUUUUCUUCUAUUUAAAAAAAACAUAAGUCAAUACGAUCGAGAUGUGAUUUCUAUGUAUUCAAUGACCCCUCUAUAAAUUCACUUCUUCCAGAGAUAUAAAAUUUUAUUGAAAGUAAAAUCACUUUAAAAAGAACAAGAAAAACCAACAAAGUAUUUCUUUUUUAAAAAAAUCCUCAUGCAGAACUAAAGAAUAUUAAGUCUCCUAGUCUUAGGAAAUUGUAUGUAAUAGUGUUCCAUACAGAUUUUACAAAUCUCUUGGUCUAUUAAACACUGUCCUUAUUCUACAAUGACUUCAUCAUGAAACUCAUUUUAUUAUGAACAAAAGUUCAACAUCUUUGAGCUUCUGUUCUGUGCUAUAAACUUAAAAUAUUUUAUGACGAAAAGUCAGUUAGGCACCAUUUGUAGAUAAUCCGUGAGGUAUUUUAUUUCACCAAUUUGGAAUCGUCUCGUUAUAAAAAUUGGUAAUUGAUUGAUGGCCACGAAAGUUAUCUUGUAUUUUUGUUUAUUGUCAAUUCAUAGAUUCAAAAUCAGGAAAUGAUUCCUAGACUUAUUAUAUUUAUCUCAGACUGGAGAUUUUUGUAAUAAAGCUUAACUGCUGUAAUUUCUAAGUACACUGAGAAAAAAAGAGGGUGCGAUUAACUUUUUUUCCUCGUAACUUUAACACUUUUUAGGUGUAAAAAUGUAUCAACAUUUUUUAAUGUUUAUUUUACACCUUUUUAAGGGUAAAAUUAACAUGAAAGAAGGGUAACUUUAACCCCUAAUACACCUAAAAAGGGUAAUAUUUGCACCGAUUUCGGAUCAAUAAUGCAGGGUAAUAUUAACAUUUCCGGAAUGUUAUUUUAACUUUUUCGGAUUUCUCUCACAGUGAAGGGUUUUGUCAAAAUUCUGACUUAGGAUUGUAUAUUUCUGAAAUUUGAAAUAGUUUGUUACUUAAGAAUUCAAGAUCUUCGAGAACUGGGAUAAACCUCUAUAGUCCGAAGAAUGCUUUACGUAGGAUUCGACAGGAAUAAUCAAUCCAAAUUACCGGUUGCGUGGAUUUUUAACAGUACGGGAGUGUGUUGAAUCCUUUUGUUGCAUUUCCGGAAAAUGCCAAUAAUGGGAAUUUGUCAAAAUAUGAAUAAAUUAGGGAUCUUUCGAUAUCGAGUAUUUUAGACAAUAAUCCGCAGAGUUAUCCGGAUGAUUAAAGGUGAUAAUAAAGUAUGCAACCAAAGGAUGGCUGAUAAUGAGAAACCCAAAACUUGUCUUGUGAAAAUCGAGAAACUAGAAACCCUUAGGGCCUUGACAGACCUGAGGAUUAGCCGAGAGACGGCUUAGCGUAAUUAUAUUCGACAUAAUGGUUAAACUUAAUUUCCAUCAUUUUCCACUAAGUCGUCUUUUGGCUUAAGUCGUAAGUGUGUCUAGGGCAUUAGUAAGAAUGAGAAAAAUUAACUCCUUGGAUAACACCCAUAUAAGUUGGGUUUUCUCAAUCCCAUCGAGUGCUUGACAGGUGUCAUCCAGAUAUCAGAAAGUCAGAUAUGGUCGGUUACUCCGAUCGUUGUCGCAUCUGAAUUUCUUUUGUGUCAAUAUUAGAUGCAAGAGGCGACGUUUGUGUCGUCAUUUGCACGAAAUGUAGAUACAGGAACAGAUAAUUCAACCCAAUGGUCGUAGAACACAGCUCUCUCUUCGAUAUCCAGCUGACAGCUGCCAAACACUGACGGUUGAUGAUUUCAAACUUUUUUUUUACUAAGUACGCAACUUGUCCAGCAUGAAUUAAAUGUUAUUUUCACUUUAUCAAAGCCUUUGAUACUUAAUUGUGGCAUAAAAUGAAACAUAAGUGAACCAUAAUGAAAAUUUUGUUGUUUAUCGACAAAAAAUUAAUUCACACAGCGCAAAAUAGAAAAACCGUUGAUCAGAUUCAAGAAACCCUAAUAUCAUUUUGUCCCCCCCUGUCAAUCGGAUAUCGGAGGGAGCUGUGUAAUUGCAAAUAUUAAUAAAAGUUCCAUAAUAUAAUUUGCCAUAAUGGCGUCAAUAUACUAUAAAAAGCUUCAAAACUUCAAAGGGAGAAGUUUUUACAAAAAUAAACAUUUUUGUUAUCUUUUUAAUGACCAAAUGACCAAAUUCUUAGACCCAUUAAACUAUUGAAGCUUUUAUAAUUAUAACAUUUUGGGACUAUAUUAUGGCAACUGUCAAGUGGAAUUAACUUAACGAGAAAUGUGCUUAAAUUGAGCUAAUCAUUAUUGAUAUUUUCUGUAAGCCAAAUAUUCCAAAAAUAAGGCUCAAAAUUUCAUUGUUUUUAUUUUACAUAAUCCUUCCUCGAAUCCCUUGAAACUUUGUAAGUAUAAGAAGGUUCAUGAAGGCUAUCUAUAGUAAAAAUUUCAAGCCUCAGUCUCUUUUAUUUUAGAAAAUAUUGAAUAUUGAAAUUUUCGUUUUGACAAAUUUUGCCCCAGUCUCCCCUACUCUGUAUUAACGAGUUUGUUUACAAAAGAAAAAAUGAAAUUCCACACUCUAUUGUUCAAAUAUCAAUUUUUAUAGCAAAGAAACUCCGAAACAUCCGAAAAUCUUUCCCGCCAAGAAAUUUCUUCGUAGAUUGUCCACAAAGGGGAAUGUUGGCAUGGUUCGCACAGAGUGAGCCUUCAAACAACGUAAAUUUUCUCUUUAUUUGCAAAGAGGUAGUUCGUCAUUUCUUAGCUAUACGAUAGAUAAUUAUUAAGCUCAUGAAGCGAGAUGAGAAAUGGUAAGUCAGGGGUGACAUGAUAUCUUAUUUUCGAUAGUAUCGACUGUCGAUUGUGAAAAAUUUAAACGAUAGCUGGACUUUUUUUAUAUUUAUCAGCAGUCAAAUUCUUUUAAGAAUAUCACAAUAAUGCGUAAAAAGUCGACAUUCGCUUAAUCUAGCAGAUAUAGAUUUGUCGAUACUAUCGAUUCGAUAGUAUCGAAAAGUUAUCAUUCCACCCCAGCUCUUUGCAAACAAAGAGAAAGUUCGCAUCGUUUGAAGGUUCACUCUAUGCGAACCAUGCCUACAUUCCCCUAGUGGUGGUUACGGUGCUUAUCUUAUUUUUACGCAUAAAGUUUAUAGAACGGAAAAACAAAAGCUUAGGGGGAAGUGGGGCACCUUUGAAACUGAAAUUUUUCUCCUAUGUUUAAGUGAAAUUGAGCCAUAUCAUAAUGCAAUUUAGCUUCUUAAUCUGUUUGUGCAGCUAAAUUAUAUCAUGAUAAGGCUCAAUUUUAUUUAAAAAUAGGUGAAAAAUCCCAAUUUCAGAAGUGCCCCACUUCCCCCUAACAAUUUUGAGCUUUUUUCAUAAGAAAACUUUCAGUUUCCUCUUCUGGCAGCACCAGAAGAUUUAUCUGAUGGAAUUGUAUCUGAUCAUUAUUUUGUUUAUAAUUACGUUAGGUCGUCAUUCGACUUAUAUCGUAAGUGUGCCUAGAACAAGGCAAUAUAUUUCAAAAGAUGGUCUUAAGUCACGCAUUUCCUAAAAAAAAAUUGGUCAAAUUCAUUAAAGGAAUAUGAGAAAAAUAUAAAGUGUUCAAAACUAGAAUGUGUGUGAAGCUUAAAAGCCUUCUCCGUACAUUCUCCAAUGGCAAACGAAUUAGAAAAUUAACUACACCUGAAUUUCACUGACUCUCUUAUGAAAUUUUGCGUCAACCUUCAUUGUGAAAAUGGUAUAGAUUUCUUUUUUAAUUACUACUUGAGUUAAAUGUUUUUUUCUUCGUUUACUCAAGAGGGGUCAUGUUUUGAUGAAAUUCUAUUUACAAUAUUUUUUUCUAUUAUUUCGCAAAUAAUAAUAGGAUAAGUGUGCCAAAUUUCGGCAUAGUUGCAUGCAAGCGCCAAAGUCUCAUGUUUGAAAUGUAAUAGUCAACAGUUAGUAAUAGUAAUAGUCAAGACAGUUUUUUAUCGUCUUUAUUUACCUUAAAAUUAUUCUUAAUGCAUUUUAAAAUGAAUAAAAAUGUAGACAUAGCUUUGGUGCCCUAUUUCGGCCACCUUCAUUCUCAUAGUUCCUUGCCUUUCGGGAAUUCUUCCAAUAUCUUUUUCACGUCAUCUCGUUUGUCGAAGCUACAUUUUUUUUGUUAUUCUUUUGCAUUGUAUAAUCUCUAGAGUACGUAAAAUAUAAAAGUUCAUGAAAAUGCGAGGAACAAAAAAGGUGGCCGGAAUUUCAAUCUGGUCGGAAUUUGGCACACUAACCCUAAUAGUCCCUAUAAUAUGUUAAAAAAAACUUCUUUUUUUCACUCACUGUUUUACAAUAAAUUCUUUUGUAUUGUAUAAUCUCUAGAAUAUGUAAAAACUAAAAAUUCAUGGAAAUUCGAGGAUCAAAAAAUGUGGACGGAAUUGCAAGCUGGCCGGAAUUUGGCACACUUACCCUAAUAGUCCCUAUAAUAUGUUAAAAAACUUUUUUUUUCACUCACUGUUUUACAUUAAAUUCUGAUUUUAAAAAAGCAUUUAUUAUUAAAUAAAUAUUAAUAAGAAAAACUAAGAACAAUUUAGUAUGAGAAGAAAAUUGUAUACUAUUAGAAUUAGAUUUAAUAAGCUAAAACAAACAUUCAGAGAUUAAAAGAUAUAUGCAUAUAUGUAUUACCAUUAAAAGAUGUUUAGUCUAAUGAAUUAAAUAUUAACAAUUUGGCGAGUAACAUGUGCAGAGGAGAUAAUGAAAUACUCAUGUUUUAUUUGUAAAAAAAUAAAAACGGAAAAAUUAAAGAAUAAAGCACCAACUUGUCUUCUGCGUACAAUUCUAA